AUGGCCGUCGCACCGGCGGCGCCGCCCGGCCGCCUUCCCGGCGGCGCUGCCUCCGUCUUCGUCGACCGCAUCCUUGCCACCCGGCGGAAUAUUCGCCGAGGAUUUCCGAGCAGGAUCUGGCACAGCGAGGAAGAAGGUGAAGGUCACGGAGGAAGGAGGGGCGGCGGCGCCGGUGAGCCGCCGGUGCUGAGGCUGAGCCACCCGGUGUUGCAGGCCAUAGACGCUUGCGCGUGCGGUGGGAGGUCGUUCGACCAGGUUCUCGCGCAGCUCCUCAUCUCCGGUCUGUUCCAACACUCGCUUGCCGCCGGCAGAGUCGUCGGGAAGCUCUGCUCCUCCGGAUCCCCUUCUUCCAUCGCCGGUGCUGUGGAGCUCUUCUCCCGCCUGAACGAGCCCGACGCCCUAAUCUGCAACCAUAUCCUGCGGGUCUACGCUCGCUCCGGCGAUCCGCGGGGCGGCCUAGGCUUCUACUCCGCCCACAUGCUUCCCCGAUCGGUUCUUCCGAAUCACUUCACCUUCCCGCUUCUGGCAAAGCUCUGCGCGGAUCUUGGAGUGGUGCCGGAAGGGACGAAGAUUCACGGUCUGGCUAUCAAACUCGGCUUCCAGUCGGAUCUUUUCGUGCGGAACUCCCUGAUCUACAUGUAUUCCUCGUUUGGUCACGUCGAUUCCGCGCAGCAGAUCUUCGAUUAUCGAGCAGGAUCCAAUCUGGUGACCUGGAACUCCAUCAUCGACGGGUACGUGAAGAAGGGGAUGACGAGCCGAGCACGGGAGCUGUUCGACGAAAUGCCUGAGAGGGAUAUAUUCACCUGGAACGUAAUGAUCGCAGGGUACGCAGGAAUUGGCGACAUGGAGACAUCCAGGAAACUGUUCGACGAAAUGCCGGAGAGAGACACAGUCUCUUGGAACUCGAUGCUCCUCGGCUAUGGAAAGGGGGGCGCUAUCGUGCACGCAAGAGAGCUGUUCGACGCCAUGCCGAGCCCGAAUCUGAUCUCCUGGAACACCAUUAUCGCCGCUUACGUGCGGGCUAAGGAUUAUAGAGAGUGCCUGAGCUUGUUCGACAGAAUGAUGGCCAUGGGAAUCCGACCCAGCGAAGCCACCCUGGUAAGCGUCCUCACUUCCUCCUCUCAUCUCGGCGACCUCAACAGAGGCAAAUGGGUCCAUUCCUACAUCAAGAAAGCUGACAGUCGUAUUGAGCUCGAUCUGCUGCUUUCAACCUCCCUCCUCACGAUGUAUUCCAAGUGCGGAGAGAUGGAUUCUGCUGAGGAAUUGUUCGAUCAAAUCCCGCAGAAGGGCGUUGUCGCGUGGAAUUCAAUGAUCAUCGGAUAUGGAAUGCGUGGGCGCGGGGAGGAGGCCGUGGAGCUGUUUUUGGAGAUGGAGAGGGAAGGGCCGAGGCCGAACGAGACGACCUUUGUGUGCUUGCUCUCUGCAUGUGCCCAUUCCGGGCUGGUCUUGGAAGGGUGGUGGUGCUUUGACCGGAUGCUCCGCAAGUACAACAUCAAGCCGAGGGUUGACCAUUACGGCUGCAUGGUUGACCUCCUCGGCCGAGCCGGUCUCUUGAGUGAUUCCGAGCAGCUCUUGGAGAAGCUGCCUGGGAAGCACGGCGCAGCUUUGCUAGGAGCUCUGCUCUCUGCUUGUAGGACUCACUCUGAUCUGAGGCUUGGGGAAGCCGUGGGUGCCAAGCUCAUGGAGGUUGACCCCGAUGACGUUGGGCCUUAUGUGCUUCUGUCAAACAUCUAUGCUGCAGAAGGCAGAUGGGGCGAUGUGGAGAAGAUGAGGAUGCUGAUGACUGGAAGAGGGCUGCUCAAAGAAACCGGUGUUAGCUCUGUAUCACCAGGUAAGUCUGAGAAUUUAUGUGUGGUGGAGCAGGAAAUCCCGGUGCAUAAGAAGGGGAUUGUGUUGUCCAUGUUGGGUGAGAUGGGUGCUCAGAUGAAGCUUUCGUCUCGCGAUGAACAGAAAAAUAGAGGGAAGGAAGGAUGGUGA